UCCUGCAUUCAGGCUUACCCGUGAUACCUACAAAUACAUUUUGGAGAAAAUGGAUCACAAGCUUUCAACAUGGAAAGCAAAAAAUCUUUCACUUGCGGGAAGGGUGACUCUUGCUAUGUCUGUUCUGAAUGCUAUUCCCUCUUAUGCGAUGCAAACCUCCCCUCUUCCUAUUUCUGUUUGUGGAGAGAUUGAUAGAAAAAAUAGAGGGUUUAUGUGGGGCUCUCAAUAUGGGAAAAGAAAAACUCACCUAGUAUCUUGGGAAACAAUUUGCAAGCCUAAGGAUCAGGGAGGUUUGGGGCUUAGAACUGUUAGAGCUCUUAAUAUUGCCUUUAUGAUUAAGAUCUCGUGGCAAAUGUUGAAUAAUGAGUAUGAUCUUUGGGUUAAAGUCCUUCAAGUGAAGUAUUUCCACCAUAAAAAUGGAGAAAUCACUUCAAUGAAAAAGAGUAUGGAGGCCCCAAAGCUGAAUCUCGGGGAGGACAAGACUAUUUGGGGCAUUGAGCGAGAUGGAAGAUUCAGUUUGAAGUUUGCUUACAAGCUGGCGGCGGGAGCUUUGGAUGAUGAACCAGACAAAGACUGCAAGCUGUUUUGGAGAUGGAAGGGCCCUAACAGAAUCAAGCUCUUCUUAUGGCUGGUCAUUCAUGAUCGACUCUUCACCGACCACAAAGCUCACUGCAAAUGGGAAUUGCAACCAGACCUUACCACUCCAUUCCGCGAGUGGCUAAUCAAGAACCUGAUGGAUGAGGACAAUGGAGUUAAAGUUGGGAUUAUUUAUUGGAACUUGUGGAAGCAGCGCAAUGAGGAAGUUAUGGAAGGAAGCACUUUCUCCCAUGACUCUCUUAUGUGUCGUAUUUUUGCCUGGUUCACAUUGUGGAUCAGGCCUCUAUGUGGGAGCAGAGGAGUACUGUUGGAAAGAACCAGGUUCAAAUUUGAUGCGACCUUUCAUGGGAGCUUGGAAAGAUGUGCUAAAGUCCAAACGAAUGGUUCAGUGUUGACUAGCUCGGGUCAGACUGCAGCAAGAGGCCUCAUUCGAGACCAUCUUGGGAGGUGUCAUGCUGCCAUCACAUGUAACAUUGGAUCCUGCUCUAUCACUAGUGUCGAGCUUAAGGGAGCAGUUGAAGGACUGUCCUUAGCUUGGAAGAAGGGGUUUAGGAAGGUGUUGCUCAAGCUGGACUCUGCUACAACAAUUGUCGUUAUGAAAAACAGUGAAGAUGACAACCAUUGUCAUGGACUGAUCACUAAGGAAAUUGAGCGAAUGUUAGGGUUGGAUUGG